AUGGUUGAAAAGAAAAUUUCAAACUGCAUUCCAUGCCAAGCUGUUACACCAACAAGAGCAGAUGCGCCUAUCAGAAUAAUGGAUAUACCAGAACAAGUUUGGGAAACUUUAAACAUUGAUUUUCUUGGACCAUUUCCCACAGGAUACUACCUAUUUGUCGUGAUCGACCAAAGAUCUAAGUUUCCAGAGGUGGAAGUUCUCAAGAGUACCAAAGCUGAAACACUGAUACCUUGUUUAGAUAGAAUGUUCAGCACAUACGGUAAUCCACGCAACGUUAUCUCCGAUAAUGGCCCACCAUUCAGCUCGCAGAAAAUCACAUCUUACUUCAAGCAAAGGGGGAUAAAACACAGACGCAUCACUCCACUAUGGCCACAGGCAAACGCAGAAGCAGAACGAUUUAUGCAACCGCUUAAUAAAAUAAUGAGGACAGCUAAACUAGAACACAAGGAUUGGAGGGAAGAAGUUCAUAGUACCACCAAAGUUGCCCCUUUAGAAUUGAUGUUCAAUAGAAAAAUUAGUUACUCAAUACCAUCAAUAGACAAUAAACUAACAUACGAAAACCAGCAACAAAUAGCCACUGACAAUGACAAAGCGGCCAAAAUAAAGAACAAACAGUACACAGAUGAACGUCGACAUACGAAAGAACCAUCGUUAUGUGAAGGAGACCGUGUCAUUGUCAAGCAACUGAAAUACAAUAAGCUUUCCACUCCUUACAGCAUACAACCCUACAGAGUUACGAAAAUAAAUGACACAAUGAUACGGACUACGUGCAUAUCGUCUAGCGAAGGGGAAGAUGACGGUCACCCAGUCUCUUUCAUGAUACACAUAUUUUGUCUCUGCGAGAAAAAACGCCGUGGUACAGAAACAAAAACCUCCAAAUUACUGAGAGAGACACCAAAAUUCUUAAAAUUUCGAAGCAACCGAGGAAAACUAUGA